AUGAAAUAUCUGCAGGAAGGAGGAUAUAAGAAGGAUCUCAAGGAGGAGGAUCUCAAGGAGGAGGAUCUCAAGGAGGAGGAUCUCAAGGAGGAGGUCAAGAAGGAUCUCAAGGAGGAGAACAGCAAGGAGGAGGAUAGCAAGAAGGAGGAUAUUAACAGGGAGAAGGAUAUACUUCUUCUUAAUAUCCUCCCCCUUGCUCUCCUCCUCCUUAAUAUCUUCCUUCUUAAUAUCCUUCUUAUAUCCUCCUCUCUGUUUGCGUUAUAA